UUCAGUAAGGGAGAUUUCUUGUUUACAAUAAAACUGUUUUGUUUUGUUUAGAAAGAAAGUCAUUCAUUGUGUGUUACUGUUAAGGUCUCCUUUGUAUUUAUAUAUGUUUACCAAAUAUUAACCAAAGUUACGUUCUAAGUAGUUUGAAAACCGAAAAUACAGCAUCGUUGUGAGGCUAAUUUUGACAUUUGGCGGGAAAUAAUGUACAUGUUGUACUAGAUACUGACCUUUAGGAGAUGAGCGCUGCCAAGAGAGAUUUUGGUUCAUUUCAUUCAUCAAAUGUACAGGAACUUCUCGAUAUUCCAGACGAUGAUUAUGUUCCCCCAGAGCUGCCAUUCAGAUGUGAUCUCUUCGAAAAGUAUAAAUCAGAUCCCCCGAUAUUUGGAAAAGAAAUAAAGAAGAAGCAUUUUCUGUUAGAGGAUAAUUGUGUGUUUUUGAAUCAUGGAGCAUUUGGUGGAGUACUAAAAGAUGCUUUAGACAUUACUCAGAAAUAUCAGGUAUGGACAGAACGACAGCCGUUAAGGUUUUAUGAUAGAGAACUGUUACCCAGGCUUGUACAUGUUACUAGAAGAAUAGCUAAAUUUAUUAACUGUGAUGCUAAGGAUAUUGUGUUAGUGGAGAAUGCUACCACAGCAUUGAAUACGGUCAUACAGGGCAUACCUCUCAAGCAGGGAGACACUGUUUUCAUAUUUAACAUUACAUAUGGAGCAGUAAAGAAGAUGUUACGCUUGAGAUGUGAGCAGACAGGUGCUCAGAUACAGGAGGUGGAGGUGGAUUUCCCCAUCACCGGCAAACAACAGCUGAUAUAUUAUGUAGAAGCCAACCUGAAGGAAGGUACAAGACUAGCAGUAUUCGAUCAUAUACCUAGCAAUACACCAUUCAUUAUGCCUCACAAGGAAAUUAUACAUAUUUGUAAAUCUAGGAAUGUACCAGUAUUGAUAGAUGGAGCACAUGGGCUUGGUUCUCUCCCUUUGGAUAUUACCUCCCUUGAUCCAGACUACUACAUCACCAAUGCUCACAAAUGGUUCUGCUGUCCUAAAGGGACAGCACUCAUGUAUGUCAGGAAAGAGUUACAGCCCUCGACUAGACCACUUAUUAUCUCCCAUGGAUUUGGAUCUGGGUUCAACUCUGAGUUUAUUUGGGCAGGUUUACAUGACUACAGUCCGUUUUUAGCAUUGCAUACAGUACUAGAUUUCUGGGAGAUAGUUGGUCAGGACAAAAUUUACAAUUAUAUACAUGCCUUGAGUAGACAGGCAGGUAGAAUGUUGUGUGAAGGUUGGAAGACGGAUCUAGCAGCUCCAGAGGACAUGUUUGGGAGCAUGUGUCUGGUCAGGUUGCCAGAUGGCUUACAGAAAAUGUCUGCAAAUGUUGAUUAUUCUGCAGCAGAAACAGUACAGAAUACUCUCUACCAUAAAUAUAACAUUGAGGUUCCAGUGAAAUGUGUUCAACAAAGAUUGUAUGUCAGAAUAUCUGCUCACAUUUACAAUGAAAUAUCGGAAUAUGAAGUACUGAGAGAUGCUGUACUGGACAUUGAAAAAUCUUACAUAGAAGGAACUUGAUUUUCUGAAUGGAUAAUUU